AUGGCCCAUGCGAGAGAGGAAUAUCUCUUUCAGUAUUCGAUCUAUGUCCUCGAGAGCAGCACUUCCCGCCGACUAACCUACUUCAUGCCUCCACUCAAUCUAUUCCCCCUGGUUGUGCUGCGGCCACUUCGGCUGGUCCUACCCUCAGAGGAAGUUCGUCGAAUUCGAAUCUUUGUCCUAAAAGCCACCCACAUCCCCUUCCUGGCACUGAUCUGGGCAUACGAGAACUCUCGGAACAUGAUUUCUCGCUCCCAUCCCACACUUUCCCGAGCCUCCCACUUCUCGACCAGGCCACUCAGCGCGGGCCGGCUGAGUCUUGAAGGGGCUCGAGAUUUUCUCAAGUCACCAACGACGCGGCGAGCGCUUAAUGAGACAUCUCCAACAGUCACACCUGAUAUGGCUGCGUCCACCACCAAAUCUGCCUUGCACACCGCCGAUAAUGCAGAAUUGAUUGCUUUGGUAAUGAAAUUGAGUGAACAAGUCGACGGGCUGACCGCCAUGGUCGCUGGGCAGAAGAAGGACUGA